GAAACGCUCUCGAAAAAUGCCACAAUUUCUAUUUUGCGUUGUUUAGUGUUGUUCAUGCAACAUCAGCCUUAAGCAAUUCAGAUUAAUAUAUAAAAUAAACAUUGUAUUCCUUAUGUUUUUGAAAACAAACCUCCAUUUUACCGUCCCCUGUUUGCGGCGUUAGGGAGCGUUUCGUUUACACUCUGUAUAAGCUAAGCUUUAUAGUUCAGUCAGUCAGAUGGUCGCAACCGAGGUAGACGUAUCGCGGCUUCGCAGUAACUAUUUACGAUAAUAUUGACGUGGAACAUUCAAACAAGUUUUGCAUUUCUUUUCGUAAGACUGUAUUACUUUCGAAUUCAGAUCAAUCUUGAAGAAAGAAAUGACAGAACCGGUAAACUCAACGGAAAAUGUGGAGGCUGAAGAUUUAUUAGCUAAGAAUGUGGAAUCGCUGGCACUCUGCGUCCCUGGUCCAUCUUUAGCCGUUCCAAGCGAUAAAAAUGCCAAAUAUUCGGAGGAUGCCUCCCUUGAAGAUAAAGAUAACAGUAACCUUGCUAAAGAAGAUCCCAGUACUUCCAAUACUGAGAGCUUGCCACUAGAACCUCAGGAUUGCAAGGAGGUCACCGCGUCGCCGACAAUAUCCAAGGAACCAGAAAUACUCCAAGAUAAUUCAACUGAUAGUGAUCCCGGACCGGGGGAUUCUGUAGCUAAUGAUCCAAAUACCGCUGACCCAUCCAGUCAAGAUUCCUCAGAUGAAAGUCCAACGGAAGACGAGGAGCCGGGAAACAAUGAAAUGUAUCUUACAUACCCACCACAUCCUGAAGAUGAUUACAUGUGUCAUGUAAGUGUUAUUUUUGAAGGAUUUUACUUCUCACUUACUAUUUUCUGGGAUGACGAAACAUCUAAGGUGUAUGAUGAUAUGCUCGUAGAGAUCCAGGAUAAAGCCAUGAAGCUAUCACCGCUGAAUGAGACGUACUUAUUUCAGUACAAACCAUGUAUCGCUAUAUAUCCAGAAGACGGUUUAUGGUACCGCGCAUCGGUUUUGCGAUAUAGCAAGGCAAAAGGUCUGAUUAAAGUCUUGUAUGUUGAUUAUGGUAACAUCGAAGUCCUCCCGGUAACUGAUGUGAGAGAGAUUAAAGUAAAAUGGAUCCAGCUUGCUCCUGCCUGCAUGUUCGCAAAAUUGUACGGCAUGCGUUUAAACCCCGACAUAGAAUUCAGUGUUUUAUCAAAAUAUUACCAUGAAUAUAUCUUAUUUAAAAGAAGUCUCCAAGCCACUAUUGUGAGUUAUGAUGGUAUGGUGCCAUUGAUAGAACUAAAAAAUGAAAAUGGUGAUUUGGUAUACAGACCAUUUAUAGAAGAUAAUAUAUUUAUACCAAUUAGAUUCCUUGGGGCGCCAAGGGGGUAAGGACUCUCUUAAUGUUAUUUAUAUAAGAAACAUAAAAUGAAAUGUAUUACAAAUAAAUUAAAAAAUACUAACAUAUAUUGCUAGCGGUUGAGCCGCCGCAAAAACACUUUUUAUUUUUAUGUGAUUAAUAAAGGUCAUAAUAAUAUUAUCUUACUUGUAUUUAGGGUCCUAUUUAUUAAAUUCACAUAAAAACGACCCAUUUUAUCGUAAGAAUAA